AUGAAUUACACUGUUACUGAGCAAGAACUGCUUGCUAUUGUCUAUGCUUUUGAAAAAUUCCGGGCAUAUUUGUUGGGAUCCAAAGUGAUAGUCUACACUAAUCAUGCUACACUCUGCUACCUUAUGGCAAAGAAGGAUGCUACACCAAGAUUGAUUAGGUCCAUCCUUAGUGAUGGUGGUUCUCAGUUUUGCAACAAAGCUUUUGUUGGGUUGCUCGAAAAAUAUAGAGUUAAGCACAAGUUAGCUACCCCUUAUCAUCCUCAGUCAAACGGUCAAAUUAAAGUCUCCAACUGGGAGAUCAAAAAUAUUCUAGCAAGAACUGUUAAUGCAAACAGAACUGACAAUUCAAAGAAGCUGGAUGAUGCAUUGUGGGCCUAUCGAACAACAUUUAAGACACCCAUCGGCACCUCACCUUACCGAUUGGUUUUUGGUAAGGCUUGUCACUUGCCAGUGGAUCUUGAACACAAAGGCAUGUGGGCAUUGAAAAAGUUAAAUCUUGACUGGGCCGAAGCUGCUAAUCUAAGGAUGACACAACUUAACGAGAUAGAAGAGUUUCGUUUUUAUGCCUACGAGAAUGCAGCCAUGUAUAAAGAAAGAAUGAAGUUUGUUCAUGACAAGAAGAUUUUGAAGCGGGAAUUCAAAUCCAGUUACUUGAUCUUACUCUUCAACUCAAUAUUGAAGUUCUUUCCGAGCAAACUCAAAUCUAAAUGGUCUGGCCAGUUCAAAGUUGUGAAUGUGUCUUCCUAUGGCGCUAAUUGA